CCACUAAAACUACCACGUAGAUCCAUCUUCUUCUUCAUAUUUUCCCCGACAACUACACGACCUGCACCACCGCAGCCGCCACCACCCACCACCAUGGCCAUGUCUUCUCUUCUCUUCAAACCUCCUCCUCCUCCUCCUCGCAUCAUAACCACUAAACCAUAUUCAAACAAUCACAAACUCCCAUCAAAUUCAUUCAAAAUUCAAAAUUCCCUUAAUCCUAACGCUAAAACCUACAGAAUUUCAUGGCAGAAAGAGCUCAAACAUUUAUAUCAACAACCCAAUAACCAGACGACGAUCAAAAGAGACGAUAAUGAUAAUUAUGAUGAAGAUUUGUUUCAGAGAUUGGUUGACAAGAGAUGUGUUGAGAAUGUGAGAAUGUUGAUAGUGGAUUCAGUGCAAAAUGCGAAAGCGGGGCAUCCUGGUAUGGCCUUAGGAAUGGCGGAAGUUGGGUAUUAUUUGUAUAGGCAUGUGAUGAAAUAUGUUCCGACGAAUCCGAAAUGGUUUGAUAGGGAUAGAUUUGUUUUGAGUGCUGGUCAUGGGUGUUUGCUUCAGUAUGUUUGCCUUCAUCUUGCUGGGUUUCAGUCUGUCCAGAUAGAAGACCUAAAACGCUUGUGUAAGCUUGGAAGUAGAACUCCCGGUCACCCGGAAAACAUAGUCACAGAUGGCAUUGAAGUCACAACUGGCCCUCUUGGACAAGGAGUAGCAAAUGCAGUUGGCCUUGCAUUAGCAGAAGCUCAUUUGGCCGCAAGAUUUAAUAAGCCCGAUUGCGCUGUGAUUGACCAUCGGACGUACUGUAUCAUGGGUGAUGGGUGUGCUAUGGAGGGUAUCGCGCAUGAAGCGGCCUCGUUAGCUGCACACUGGAAGCUCCACAAGCUUACAUUAAUUUAUGAUGAUAACCAUAACACGAUCGAUGGAGGAACUAACCUAGCAUUUUCUGAAGAUAUAUCUGCAAGAUUUAAUGCUCUUGGUUGGCAUACAGUUACAGUCAAUAAUAUACAUGAAGAUAUGAGUUCAUUCAAGAACGCUCUACUUUCUGCUAGUAAUGAGACUAGAAAACCAACUUUUAUUCGGGUGAAGACAUUGAUAGGGAGAUUGUCUAAAAAUGAAGGAACGUCUAAAGCUCAUCAUGGUACCUUCGAUGAAGAUGAUGAGAAGGAAAUGAAACAAAAAGUUGCGUGGAAUAUUCGAAAGCCAUUCCACGUUAUCCCGAUGGUGUAUAAGGAAAUGCAGAUUAAAACAGAACAGAAUGAAAAAUUGGAGAUGGAGUGGUUAUCUAAGCUACAAUAUUACAAAAACAAGUAUCCCCAAGAGGCUGUGGAGUUUGAUGUUCUUUUGCAUGGCGGUCUACCUUCAAAAUGGGAAAGCUGCUUGCCGAAGUGGUCUAUAUCAGAUUCGGCUGAUGCCACUCGGGGAUACUCGGAAAAGUGUUUAAACCAGCUUGCAAAAGUUCUUCCAGGACUAAUUGGCGGGAGUGCGGACCUUGCAUCUUCUAACAAAGUCUACCUUCAUGACUACCAAGAUUUCGCCCAACCGGAAUCCCCCUGGGGACGCAACAUACGUUACGGGGUUCGCGAACAUGCAAUGGCAGGAAUUUCAAAUGGAAUUGCACUACACGGAAGUGGUUUAAUCCCUUUUGCGGCAACAUUUCUAAUAUUCUCCGAUUAUAUGAAAAAUUCAAUCCGACUUUCCGCCUUAAGCCAUGCCAGGGUGAUCUAUAUUAUGACUCAUGAUUCUAUCGGUCUUGGGGAAGAUGGCCCGACUCACCAGCCAGUUGAACACCUUGCCGGCCUUAGAGCAGUGCCACGACUUCUAGUUUUCAGACCAGCUGAUGGGAAUGAAACAGCUGGAGCAUAUAAAUUGGCUAUAGCAAACAGAUACGGUCCGAGCGUCAUUGCACUUUCAAGGCAAAAGGUCGCCUCGAACUUGGAAGGUACUUCAGCUAAUGAAGUUGCAAAAGGAGGCUAUAUAGUAAGCGAUAAUUCCGGCCGAAGCUUGCCAGAGAUUAUAUUGAUAGGGACGGGAUCUGAACUAUGUCUUUGCGAAGAGAGUGCCAAGAAGUUAAGGGAUGAAGGUCGAAAGGUACGUGUGGUUUCACUUGUUUGUUGGCGGCUUUUCGACAAGCAGUCCGGGGAGUAUAAGGAGCAUGUAUUGCCAUCAACUGUUCAUAAGCGUGUUAGUGUCGAGGCUGGAUCUCCGAUUGGUUGGAGGGAGUAUGUAGGACGGGAAGGUGUGGUGAUCGGGGUAGAGGAGUUCGGAGCUAGCGGAGCAUAUUUGGAUACAUUUAAGAAGUAUGGUUUCACUGAAGAGAAUAUAAUUGAGGUUGCAAAGUCAUUGCUUUAGCUAUAGGCCCGGUUUCAUCAUCAUGAAACUGGUGAAUAUUUAUAUAUUGUCAUAUAUAUGUUCUUUUUUAAAAAUAUUUUUGGUAAAUUGCAAUAAAUUCUAUAUAGUUAAAACUUGAUAUAUUGCAUCUCCGGAGUUGAUUCCGGCCAACUUUCGUUUCAGUGUAUAUUUUAGUAGAAUAUGAAGAAUAAAAUGUUUGUUUAUCCUCA